AUGAUAAUAAUUAUCAAAUUGUGGGAACCAUUUCAAUUUCAAAUUUAUUUAACUCCAAUAACGUUGACAAAAUUUUCAAAAGUAAGCAAGUUGAACGAACCUUGCACUGAACAGGAGUGGGAGUGCAGAGAGAACUUCAGGCAGAACAUCCUGAGUGACAACGAGGAGUUGAGCGCCAGGUCCAGAAGCAUCCUGGUCGAUUGGAUCAUACAAGUUGCUAGCCACUUGCAACUGCUGCCUGAGACAUUGGAACUGAGUGUGAGCAUGAUCGACAGGUACGUGGCGCGCGAGGCAAUCCCGCUGAGCAAGUUUCAACUGCUGGGCAUCGUGGCCGUUCUUGUGGCCUGCAAGUAUGAAGAGAGGAGUGCUCCAGAGGUGAGGGACCUGACUUACUUGACGGAGAACUUGUAUACGUUCGACCAGGUCAUCAACUUCGAAGUUCAACUUCUGAGAACACUUCACUUCCAGGCUGGUUCUCAAUCAUAUAAGAUUAACACAACAGCAUUAAUUAACGAAGUUAAAGUUAAGGUUAAAUUGAUGUUACUAUGA